CUACGGUAAAACAUGGACGCUACAUUUCAGAGCUGACAGUGUGGUUAGUUGGAAUAACUCACUGUUUUCCUGGUGUGUCUGUACAACAUCAAUAUUCAUAAUGAUAACUCCUGCCUUUGACCUGAGCCAAGAUUCCGACUACUUGAUCCUCAGCAUCCGUGUGCCCUACACCAGAACGUCAGAGUUUGACCUCUUCAUUGAUGGAACAGAUUUCAAGUUCUAUGCCAAACCCUACUUUCUUAGAUUAACUCUUCCUGGAAGAAUAGUGGAGGAUGGGAGAGAAAAGGCCAAAUUUGACAUUGAUAAAGGUCUUUUCACUCUUCGGGUCCCUAAGGAGACAGCUGGGGAGCACUUUGAAGGACUCCAGAUGCUGACAAGUCUCCUCGCUCCAAAAGGCUCCCGUUCAGCAAAACCACUGGUAGAGGAUUUAAGCACAGGAUGCAGUGAAAGUGCAGGAGAUGACGAGGAGGACGAUGAGGAAGAAUUUGACUGGCAGGUUGAGCAGGAGAUGUACAUGGAGAGCUCUGAGGAGGAGCUGAGAGCUCUGCAGAAAUACGGCUUCGGCAAUCAGAGGUCUGGAGUGUUUGCCCGAUUACAGGAGGAACUCAGUGAUGUGAUCGAUAUCAUGAACCCAGAAGGAACAACAGCAGCAGAGAGGAGACAGGCGAGGCUGGAAGCAGAGGCAGCUUCCUUUUCACCUGAUCACUACCUGGCUGAUUUGUUUGAGGAUGAUGAAGUAAAGGGACUGUUGAAGUUCAGACCGUGGUGGACAAAGCUGAGUCCUUCCACAGAGCAGGAGGGAGAAGCUGCUGUGUCGUUCACCAACGACGAGAAGGAGCAGCUGAGAAAGUUCACCAACCGCUCCUACCUGCUGGACAAGACGUCCCGUCACCAUGCGUGGCUCAGCCUCGUGGACGUCCUGCUGGCUUAUUCCUACGAAAUGCGCUCGACGGAGGGAGAGCACAAUGUGGAGUCACCGUGGACAAUCAGGAAACUCAGCGGGACUCUCUGCUGGCUGGAGACGUACAGCUCCUUGCAGGAGGUCCUGGUGUCGUUUGCACGGAGGGUUUUGUGCUACCCACUCUACAGACACUUUGCAUUGGUCUCUGCGGCUGUUCGUGACACAACUAAGAUUUUCCAGUCAGGGAAAGCCUGUGUCCUCAAAUGCCUGCUGGAUAUUCACAAAGUCUUCAGAGAGAACGACCCGGCCUACAUACUGAACGAUCUGUACGUCACAGACUACUGCAUCUGGAUCCAGAGGGUCAAGUCCAAGAAGGUGACAGCCUUUGCCGCAAUGUUACAAAAAGCCUCUCUGCAGAAAAAAGACUUGGAGCUGGAGCUUGAGGAGCUGGAGGACGCAGCAACAAUGGUGGUGGAGGAAGAAGAAGAAGAAGGAGACAAAGAGCAGGGAGCUUCCAGGAGCGCUGCGAUAUCCCGCGGUGACAGCAGCGGCGCUUCCAGUGACAGCAGCUGCAGCAGCAGCAGCAGCGGCUCGUCUGAUGAGAGUGAGGAAUCUGAGGCUGAAGGGCAAGUCUGCACCGAAUCCAACCAGGGAGGAGGAGGAGGAGGAGAGACGUCUAAGGACAACCCUCUCCAGCCCCAACCCACCUCCGCUGCCUCUCCCAUCCCCCAGGAGCCAACAAGCACAGUCUCCUCCGCGGAGAGGAAAGUGGACGCCCUCCCCUCAGCUUCAGAAGACACCCGACAGCUGAUCCAGGAGCUUGGGGAGCGGGUGGUGGAGGAGCUGAAAAUCUCUCAAGACUCCAGCUACAAAGCAGGGAGAGAGCGUUCACAGCUGAGCACCGCCGAGGCAAAGGCUGGAGCAACAUCUGGGAAGAGCAGCGGUGGGACUUUCUUAGAGCUGAGCCCUCGCAGAAACCCUCUGCUCAUCGUCCACACACAGGACGACCCUGAUGACAGUGACUUCAUCAGCUGAUAGAGAGUGAAAGCCACUCGAUGAACUGAAAUUAACUCCAUGUAAGUGAUGUAAGAAAAUGUGUCAGACUUUGUUUUUGUUUCUAUUUUUGGAAUUUUGAAUACUUCUGCUUUGAGUUGUGAGACCAAGCCAAGAUCUUCGGCUUUCACCCUCCUCCGAAGGACCUUAUUUUCCAUCUUGGAUUACAUCUUCUGAAUCCUUGGUCUUGUCUUGUGUUGUUUGACUUUUGUGCGACUGCUGCUCUGUAGCCAAGCUUCCUACUUGCUAUACAGCUCCAUUUGUAAUUUCUGAACAUACUCUGUUUAUAUGAAUUAUUUCUGCUCCUUUUUAAUUAUUCAAGGUAAUUCAACAGCAUCUGCGAACACAUGAUAAUAAUGUAGAACUUCUCUACUUCGCAUGUACAUUCACGUACUCAUAUGAACAAAUUCAAUCUGUACAUCCAUGUUGGGCUCGAAUAAACGAAACAGGACUGUUUU